AUGGCCCCUCAACGCCGCACUCGGGCAUCGCCACUCUUGGUGGCCGGCCUCGUGUGUUCGCUGUGCUGCGCCAGCUGGACCUUCGCCGCACCGCAGGUGCCACGCUCUGUGCAGCAGGGCGCCGCCGCGACCUUGACCACCUCGGGCAGCAGGACAUGGGCCUUGGGCACCCUGCCUCGCGAUGAGUCCGUGGUGGCUACCAAUGCCGUGGCGGCAGGGGCCAACUUCUUUAGUAAGGUCUUUGCUGCAGGAGCCCAGGGUGCAACCGCUGCGUUCGUGGCUGCCAUCUUGUCAGCGAUUUGCGAGCCUCUGGUGAACCGACUGCUGGUGAAGCGCAUGACCGUGGGCCAGGCCAUGAAAGAGAUGAACUUCAAGCUGAUCGCGAACUUCUUUUUGACCACCUUCCCAACCAACAUGCUGAAGUUCCCAGUCUUUGAGAUCAUCAACAUGGCCAUGACCUUCACGGCCUUCAGCCCCGGCGUGAGCGGAUUCAUCAGUGGCUUUCUCUUCUGCACUGUCAUGCUGCCGGUGACCAACUACCGCUUCCGCAAGAGCAUGGGUUGGGAGAUCAAGCCUUCUCUCCUCUAUCAGGCAUACAUCCCCACCGUGGUGCGCGACAUCAUCUACGGCUGGGCCCGGGGCUUCGUCAAUCCCGUGGCCUCCGCCUUCUUCAAGCCGCAGACCUUCACGCAGGAUGCCUUCGUAUUCGCCUUCGUCAUCUGGGCCGCCUGCAUCUUGUCGUCCCCUUGCAACGAGUGGAGAGGAUACACCUUGCAGCCAAAGGACAAGAAGUUGACCUUCUCUGAAUACUUCAAGCCAGUGAACUAUGCUCGAUCCACCGGCAUCGGCGCCACCAUCAUGGGCAUCUCCCUCUUCAUCGGUAGACUUGUGACCCCAUAUGCCGAGAAGGCCUUCGCGUUCAUGAAAGUCCACCCCGCCGCGGGUGUGGUGGCGGUAGCUGCCUUUGUGGCCCUCUUCAAGGCCAUCUCGUCGAGCGAGGAGGAGAAGCCGGCACCUGCGCCUGCGAAGACUGAAGCCAAGGAAGAGGCCACUGAGGAGGAGAAGUGA